AUGGCGCAAGUCGCUAGCAACCCUCCUCCAUAUGCGCAACAGAAUGCGCCCCAUGGCACCAAGAGACAAGCCGACACUUCUCUCGAGAAUGAACAGCGGCUGAGUAAGCGCUUCGACUUGCUGAACUUGGUAGACAACAAUGGCACACGCCUCUACAUCCCCGUCCCAGGCUCAACAGAUGCCACACUCCCACGCGCUCCCCAAACAGCCACCUCAUACGGCGACCCUCUAGCCUUCGUCGCCUCGAGACGAAAGCAGCCACGCAAACCACGCCUCCCCCGCGCCUGUGCCGAAACAGAAGCAGUAGGCAUGGAAGUAGAAGACACCCCCCACAGAGUCUACAUCUCCGACCUGAGCGCCGAACUCUCCGACAUCGAGUCGGACGAAGAGAACCCCAUCUUCCUGUCCGACAUCGAGAAGCAUCUGUCCAAGAUACCUAAACACAUCUUAAUGGGCCCAGAGCCUAAGCCUACAGAGACAAAUCAGUUGGUGCUGUAUAAUGUACCCACAAGUCUGACAGUACCAGAGGCGCAGGACAAUGUGCGCAAGGCCAUUGUAGAGGCGAGACAGCGGAUCAGGGAUAAACAGGUGAACCCAGUGACAGAACCCGUGAAUGUUGAUCUGGCAAGGAAUAACUACUUCAGUUGUAGUAGUAGUACUACGACUGGAGAAGACAGGAUGAUGGAUGCGAUACCCCAACCUAUGGCAAUACCUGCAGAUGGAGACGGCGAUGCCAUGGACAUUGAUUGA